AUGAUGGAUGGCCAGGGUACCGGCAAAGGCCUCAACGUAAAGGGCAAGUCUGCAAAGACAGGCUGCCUUUCAGGUUUUGUGCCUGUGCUUCAGAUCAGUGACAAUGAGCACAAGUCGCAGGUCUGCACCUCGCCCCGCGAAGCUCGGGUGCGAGUGUAUUACCAAAGCGACGAACAUCGAAGUGUAGCGCUUUUCCGCCUCCGAAAGGUGCUCGCAGAGAUGCUACGCACGUCCGAGGCAGCAGCGCAGCGACUGGAGGCGCAUCAGGCUGGCACCAAACAGCUUACCGACGACGCAGAGAGGUUUGCAUUCAUCGAGUUGCUCCUCCAGGUCGAGGAUCCUUCCAUCAUCAAUUUGAACCUCUACGAGCCCGAAGCAUUCGGCCUG